GACUGUUGAAAAGGCUUACAACGUUAAAAGUAGAUGACAAUCAGCUUACAAUUCUGCCAAAUGCAAUUGGAAAUUUAUCUUUAUUAGAAGAAUUUGACUGCAGCUGUAAUGAGUUGGAGUCCUUACCUUCUACCAUCGGCUACCUUCAUAACCUGAGGACGUUGGCGGUGGAUGAGAAUUUCCUUCCUGAACUGCCCAGAGAAAUUGGAAGCUGUAAAAACGUAACAGUGAUGUCUCUGCGCUCGAACAAGCUGGAAUUUCUUCCUGAUGAAAUCGGUCAGAUGCAGAAGCUGAGGGUCUUAAAUCUGAGUGAUAACAGGCUGAAGAAUUUACCGUUCACUUUUACUAAACUUAAGGAACUUGCAGCUUUGUGGCUUUCUGACAACCAGUCCAAGGCUCUCAUCCCGCUGCAGACCGAGGCUCACCCAGAAACCAAGCAGAGAGUACUGACAAACUACAUGUUUCCCCAGCAACCCCGCAGCGAUGAAGAUUUCCAGUCGGACAGUGAUAGUUUUAACCCUACUUUGUGGGAGGAGCAGAGACAGCAACGUAUGACCGUUGCCUUCGAAUUUGAAGACAAAAAGGAAGAAGAGGAAAACGCAGGGAAAGUUAAGGUUGAAAUAAAUCUAAAACGUUAUCCCACUCCAUACCCGGAGGAUUUAAAGAAUAUGGUAAAAUCAGUUCAAAAUCUGGUGGGCAAAACAAGCCAUGGAGUACGGCCUGAGAACUCAACACCAACCGCCAACAGUGAACAAACUGUGAAAGAAAAGUAUGAGCACAAGUGGCCCAUGGCACCAAAGGAGAUUUCAGUGGAGGAUGCCUUUGGACAUCCUGCCAGUGAGAUGCGGAUAGGGGAACUUCGUCCUUCCAUGCCAGAGACUCCGUUGUACCCACCCAAACUUGUUCUUCUGGGUAAAGACAAGAAAGAAUCGACAGAUGAGUCUGAAGCAGAUAAGAUCCAUUGUCUGAAUAACAGCGUUUCCUCAGGCACUUACUCAGACUAUUCCCCUUCCCAGGCUUCCUCAGGGUCCUCCAACGCGCAUGUUAAAAUGGGGUCCUUGCAGACAACGGCUAAAGAAGCAGUGAAUAACUCUUUGUGGGGGAACAGGCUGGCGCAGUCGUUUCCGCCGCGCCCCGACAGGCGCCCGCUGAGCGACGCCUUCGCCGACAGCUGGACCGACGGCUCGCACUACGACAACACGGGGUUCGUGGCGGAGGAGAGCGCGGUGGAGAACCCCGGUGCCAACCCCCUCCUGAGCACGAAGUCGAGAAGCACAUCUGCGCACGGGCGCAGGCCGUUGAUUAGGCAAGACAGGAUAGUUGGCAUUCCCCUGGAGCUGGAGCAGCCGACGCUCAGAAACACACAUGAAUCUGAAGUGCCUCCUCCCAAUCCUUGGCAAAAUUGGACCAGAACCCCUAGUCCUUUUGAAGACAGGACAGCUUUUCCUUCCAAACUGGAAAGCACCCCCACCACCAGCCCUUUGCCUGAGCGGAAGGAUCAUGUCAAAGAGUCUCCUGAAAUGACUAGCACUUUUGCUCCAGGAAUAGCGUGGGAAUAUCACGAUUCAAAUGCCAACAGAAGUCUCACAAACGUCUUUUCGCAUAUCCACUGUCGCCCAGAUCCUUCCAAAAGCGUUAUUUCCAUCAGCAAGAGCACGGAACGGCUUUCUCCGAUGAUGAGGGAUUUAAAAACUAACAAAUUUAAGAAGUCGCAAAGUAUCGAUGAGAUAGACAUUGGUACCUACAAAGUGUAUAAUAUACCCUUAGAAAACUAUGCAUCUGGUAACGAUACUGUAGGAACCCACGAGAGGGUGGACAAGCUCCUGGGCCCGGAGCACGGCAUGCUGAGCAUGUCCCGCAGCCAGUCGGUCCCCAUGCUGGACGACGAGCUGCUGACCUACGGCAGCGUCAAGGUGCAACCGCAGCAGAAGUCGUCCGUCACCAAGAAAGUCUACCAGUUCGACCAAAGCUUCAACCCGCAGGGAGCAGUGGAGGUCACAGCGGAGAAGAGGCUGCCGCCGCCUUUCCAGCUCAACCCCGAGUACAUUCCCCAGCAGAGUAAAAACCUGCCCCAGGAUCUGGUCAGCCCCAGGGCUUACCGCGGCUACCCGCCGGUGGAGCACAUGUUCUCCUUCUCCCAGCCUUCGGUGAACGAGGAGGCCGUCGGUGCCCCCUUCGCCAGCCAAGGGUCUCGGCCGGGCUUCUUGAGGAGAGCGGAUUCGUUGGCCAGCUCCACCGAGAUGUCCAUGUUCAGGAGAGUCAGUGAGCCCCACGAGCUGCCCCCGAGCGAUAGGUACGGCAGACCUCCGUACCGGGGAGCCGUGGAGCGCCAAAGCAGCAUCUCGGUCUCCGAGUCUCAGUUCCUCAAGAGGAACGGCAGGUACGAAGACGAGCAUCCGUCCUACCAAGAGGUGAAAGCCCAGACUGGAAGCUUCCCAGUUAAAAACCUUACUCAAAGGAGGCCGUUGUCUGCAAGAAGCUACAGUACGGAGAGUUACGGCACGUCGCAAACGAGGCCGGUGUCAGCGAGGCCGACUAUGGCAGCGCUGCUGGAAAAGAUACCGUCGGACUAUAGCUUGGGUAACUAUGGCGACAAGCCUUCCGAUAGCGGUGAUAUAAAGACAAGGCCCACCCCUGUGAAGGGAAAUGAGAGCUGUGCUAAAAUGCCCGCUGACUGGAGACAACAGCUACUUAGACAUAUAGAAGCUAGAAGGUUAGACAGGACCGCUGCUUACAAACACAACACAGUUAGCCUUGGCAUGCUGCACUCUGGAGGUUUUUCAGCAAUGCAUGCCGGCAGAAGCAUGACUUUAAACUUGCAGCCUAAAUCUAAAUUUGAAAGCCAAAUGCUUCAAGAGCUACCUCUACCGAAAACCCCGUCGCAGCAGAGCAGCAUCCUGGACAACGGGCAGGAGGAGGUGUCCGUGAGCAGCCAGUGGAACCCCUACCCGCUGGGGCGGCGGGACGUGCCACCGGACACCGUCACCAAGAAG